CUUCCCCCUUCCCCGCCCCCGAUCCCCGCCCCGCCAUCUCUCGGCGAGCGCAGCGCCUUGACGCUCCGGCGGGGGAGGGCGCCCGCGCUCGGAAGCGCCCCCGCUUGCCCCUGCGUGCCCGCCCGCCCGGGCGCCCGGUUGCAGAAGGCGGCGAAGGCUCGCCGGGCUGCCCCUGCGUCGCUGGAGGACCGGACCGGACCGGGGCCAGGCUGCGGAAAACGGGCAUGACGGCGCCUCGGCGGAGAGAAGGGGCGACGUCUCCGGAGCCGGCCGGGUUUCGCGGCCCCCCACGCCCGGCACGGGAGCGAGGGCCUCUUCACCUGGUCCCGUUGGCGUAGCCUUGGAGAGAGACCCCCGCCUCCCGAAACGCCCGUCCUGCCUUGGCACAGUCUGCGGGGCCCAUCGGAGUUGAGGAAUCUGCUUGCCCCCCCCCCCACACGGCUUUUCAAGGCGGAGGAAGCCACCCAACCCCCCCCCCCCCGCAAGAGCUUGGCCAGCUGCUCCCCGCUCUGCAGUGGGACUACAGUUGAACCUACAGAGGCCAGGCCAGUGGGGCUGCAGAGGUUUCUUUGCAAAGAGACCGGUGCUGUGGAAAAGCUGGCUAGCAUUGGUGGGCCCUGGGGGAGAUUUUUUUGGAGGCCUGGAAUGAAAUGGAUGCCGUCACCCCCCUCCCCUUUUGCCCCGUUUGACAGCCAGGCAGGGAGAAUUUUUGCUGAGAACUUCUCCCGGUUCCUUUUCGGCUUCUGCCUGAAAUUAGAAAGAUCCCGGUACACCAGCAACAGGCCUUUCCUUCUGUUUCUCCCUGGGAAAGCCUUCCGGGGCUUCUCGUUGGCAUUGUUUUUGCGGGAGGCUGACAGGUGUUUUGCUCCGCAUCUCGAAGGCCCAACAAGGUUAUGCCUGAAAAAACCUGUUUCUGCCGCUCUGUUCUUAAAAGACGGGUUGGCCCAGCGAAUGUAUGAACUCUUGCAUUCUGUGUUUCUUGACCCAUGAGGCCGGUGGGAUUCCUUGCCUCCUGACCUGAUUGAGAAACUCUCUUCUCUGGCUUCCUCCAUCCACAAAGCUAGAAUUCCCUUGUGGGGCUCAGGAUGCGGGUAAGAAACUGCCUCCUUGUCGGAGCACCCUGAAAGGGGGAACAUUGUCUGAGCCCCGCAGGUGCUCCUGAGCCUAUGGAGAGGAUACCUGCCUGGUGACCCUUGACUCUUCCGUGCCUGAUCGCCAGGAACUGGCACCAUGGCACGGCAUGGCACGGGGAUGCUGGUCUUGGCCAACGGACUGGGCUUCCCACCCAACAAUGUGGCCCGUGUGGUGGUGUGGGAGUGGCUGAAUGAACACGGGCGAUGGCGGCCCUACACGGCGGCCGUCUGCCACCACAUCGAGAAUGUUCUGAAAGAGGAUGCCCGCGGGAGUGUGGUUCUGGGGCAGGUGGAUGCCCAGCUGUCUCCAUACAUCAUUGACUUGCAAUCCAUGCAUCAGUUCCGUCAGGACACAGGGACGAUGCGUCCCGUGCGAAGGAACUUUUAUGACCCUUCCUCCGCUCCUGGGAAGGGGAUCGUAUGGGAAUGGGAAAACGAUAACAACUCGUGGACGCCAUACGACAUGGACAUCUGCAUCACCAUCCAGAAUGCCUAUGAGAAGCAGCACCCUUGGCUGGAUCUGUCCUCUCUGGGAUUUUGCUACUUGAUUUACUUCAAUAGCAUGUCUCAGGUGAAUCGUCAGACACAACGGAAGCGGCGGCUCCGGCGACGCAUGGACUUGGCUUAUCCACUGACCAUGGGCUCCAUCCCCAAGUCCCAGUCCUGGCCUGUGGGUACCAACUCCGGGCAUCCUUGUUCAUGCCAGCAGUGCCUGCUGGUCAACAGCACCCGAGCAGCCUCUAAUGCCAUCCUUGCCUCACAGCGGAGGAAGGUGUAUUCGGGCAACAACAAUGGGACACUGGCUGUCCAUCAGAGCAAUACGUUCAACGGCACUGCGCUGUGGUCUUUGGGCACUACUCCGGGAGGUGGGACAGCCAAGAUCGAACAGGUCCGGUCAGCAAAUGGUGUGCAAGUGACCACCUUCUCACGCAGUCAAAGUGCUCCGAGCCACACUCAGCUCCCUGGUCAGAACAACCUGAACCGGCCUGGUACACAACGCGUGGCCAUCCUGAGUACCCGGGCAUCCAUCCCUCCAGGGGUUCCUGCCCUCCCAGUCAAGAACUUGAAUGGAACUGGUCCAGUCCACCCUGCCUUGGCAGGAAUGACAGGAAUCUUGAUGUGCGCUGCAGGUCUGCCUGUUUGCCUCACCCGAGCUCCAAAGCCCAUCCUGCACCCGCCACCUGUCAAUAAAAGUGACAUGAAGCCGGUGCCCGGUAUCAAUGGCAUCUGUCGGAAGACCAAAAAGAAACAUCUGAAAAAGAGCAAGAACCCUGAGGAUGUAGUGAGGCGAUAUAUCCAGAAAGUAAAGAACCCCCCUGAUGAGGACUGCACAAUCUGUAUGGAGAGGCUGGUGUCCUCAUCAGGCUAUGAGGGCAUUCUCAGGCACAAAGGCGUAAAACCGGAGUUGGUGGGGAAGCUGGGAAAAUGUGGGCACAUGUACCACCUUCUCUGCCUGGUUGCGAUGUACAAUAAUGGCAAUAAGGAUGGCAGUCUGCAGUGCCCCACCUGCAAAGCCAUCUAUGGGGAGAAGACUGGGACUCAACCACCAGGGAAAAUGGAAUUCCAUAUUAUCCCACAUUCGCUCCCUGGCUACCUGGACUGCAAAACCAUCCGCAUUGUGUAUGAUGUUCCUGCAGGGAUCCAGGGUCCAGAACAUCCCAAUCCUGGAAAGAAGUUCACAGCACGAGGCUUCCCGCGGCACUGCUACCUUCCGGACAAUGAGAAAGGCAGAAAGGUUCUGAAACUCUUGAUAGUUGCAUGGGAACGCCGACUCAUUUUUACCAUUGGGACGUCCAACACGACAGGCGAAUCCGACACAGUGGUGUGGAAUGAGAUCCAUCACAAGACCGAGUUUGGGUCCAACCUCACUGGCCAUGGGUACCCUGACUCCAAUUACCUGGACAACGUCCUUGCUGAACUGAUGUCCCAAGGUGUCUCAGAAGCUGGCCUGAAGGACUGAGGAAGCAUCUUGGCUCGCUCCGUUCCUCCCUCACACUCUUCCAUCUGCUGCGUGGAAGUGUGAAUACUGCCUGUGUCUGUCUGCCUGUGUGUGUCUGUCUGUCUCUCUGCCUCUCCACCUGCAUUUGGAAUAGAUCCCCUUCACUUCUCACGUUGCUUCCGCUGCCUUGACUUCAGAUUACCUUUGCACAGCAACGCCCGGCUUAGUAGCCACAGAAGACUAUGGGGAUGCCCCUCUCCUCCUGGACCAGAGUUGCCAUUCUUAUCUCUAGGUUUUCCCACUCAAGGAACAAUAAAGGGAUACCACAGGAAACUGCGCAAGUGAGCAACCGACGCAAAUGCUCCGCUGUUCCAUUUUUUUAUAUUCUUGGCAAUCUGCAAUAUUCCUUCUGCCCUACCUGUAAUAUAGCACAAUAAUGUGCACAGAGAUGUUCUAUAUUACAUAUAUUCAGUUCUUGUACAGGAUAUCCUAUGUAAUAGAAGAAAUGUAUGAAACCACAUGGCUGUUGGUGUCCCAGCCUUCACUGUUCCACCCUAUGCUCCUCCCGUGCUCGUUCCUUGUGGCUCCUCCUUUCUUUGUGUGAUGCCGUUGUCUCUUUGCAGGGAAGCAAUAGGAAGGCCUUCUAGUUUGGGAGCCAAGAAAGAGACCCGACGGGUAAAACCAGACGCAGCGUUUUUAACAGCAGGUUCUUUGCCCGUGGUUUUAACCCAGCUUUCAGUUUGCCUUACACACAUACAUACCAGCAAGUUGAACACUGGCUCAGCUAUCAGUGUUGCCCCUUCCUUCAUGCUUCAGGCGGACUGUCUAACUUUUGUAAAAUUAGAUUUUAGAGGGGCAUAUGUGUCCUUGGGGUCCUUCCCGUGCUUUAGACUUUCUCCCCAGGGAGCUGGAGAAAACGGGUUCCUACAUCCCUCAGUUCCUUUUCUUUCUCCCCUUUCUCUCUCUCCUGGAGAACUCACAAUUUAUUUUCCUCAGUGGUCUUUCUCUCUCUCUCUUUCUUAGUCUUCUGUGUGCUGGGCCUUUUCUCCCCCUUCCAGCCAGGUCUUGCAAAAUGUCUCAGCCUUGCCCGACAUAUCAGAGCUUGUCUUAGACACCCAGAUCUGUCUUGUCAUUUGGGGGGCCUUUGACCAUUCCCAUGACUGAGCAGGAGCCCAGCGCAACAUUCCCAAGAUGUUGCCCUCUGCCAGUCUGAGCCACAUCAGUUCUGUCCUCCAUUUUACUGUGAGGUGUGGCAUGUUGCUAUGGUGACCAAAUGCCUUCUCACCUUUCCCUUCCAUUGCUGCAGCUAGACUCCUCUCUGUCUCAUGGCCAAACUAGAUAUGACAACAUUCUCAUGGCCACCUUGAGGAGGCCACCGCCAUUUAAAAACCAUUUAAAAAGGCAGUACUCUUAUUCCUCCACCCACCUGCCCUUUUUCAAGUGCUGAAACACGCAUGGCGGGGUGGGGUGGGGGUUUAGGCUAUUUUGGCACUUGAUAAGAUGUGGAAGGAGGAAGACAAGAGCGCCUCAGCCCCCUGUGCUGCAGCCCCAAUCGGGAUAAGGGGCUUGUGGGAUUUUUAAACAUCUUAAAAUGGGUGGCUGCAUCUUUAUGGCCGUUUUGAGGAUGCCAUCACAUUUAGUUUGGCACUCAGUUACUAUUUCUGUUGACCGGGUGAAGUUCAUCUCAGCCCACACAUAUUUACAGUUACCUUUUGCUCUAUGAAGUAGUCAUAACCAGUAGAAAAAGCAAUCUUUCAACUAGGGUCAGAACAAGAUCAGUCCUUUUGAAUGCUGGGUGCUCUGCCUGCCCUUUGUUUCUGUAAUAUUAAGCCUGUCUUUGCCCAGGGUUCUCUUGCACCUGAUUUCCAGGUUUCUACUUUAGGAUCUGCCUCCUCAUGGUGUUGAUUUCAUUUGUGGUAGUUUUGACUGGCUGUAAGCAUGUGUUUUAGAGAGCUCUAGAAUGCCUCGAUAUUUGUGUCUUAAGUAGCACAGCAAAAGAAGAAUAUAAUCAGCAAUGGUUUCCCCUGAAGCUGCCCCCAAAUUCUCCCAUUAUUGUUAAAAGGACAAAAUUGUUUGCUGGGUAAUGUGGCAUCCCUUCGACAACCUCUAAGGCCACGUGACAAUUGCCCCGAAGGGAGCAUUUUGGAGCAUGCAGCUUUUCCCUCCUUGUAUCAGCACCAGCAUUGAAAACCUUAUUCCAGUCUACACUGCUAUGACCCCCACUUUAAGGCUUCCAGUCAAUCAAGCAAAGAGAGAAGGAAGGGAAAGUGCGGAAAUGUGCCCAUUGGGGAUUGCUUAGCCAGUAUGUUAAAACUGUGGUUGGCAAACAUUUUGGAGUCAUUGUGAUUUGUUUGUGUGGCCUCCUUAGUUCUAAAUAUAAUAAAGAACAUCGACAAUUCUA